AUUAUCUGGUUAAUCGGAAAUUGUCUUGCGUUUGGUUUGACGUUUUCGAGUUAUGUCAACAAAAGGGAGUACGCUUAUCUGUUUUCGUUACUUGGAUAUUCCAUCGCCAUCUCAAGAGGUGCCGCAGUGGCUCUCAAUUUGAAUUGUGCUCUGGUGUUGCUGCCCGUUUGUAGAAAGUCUCUGUCAUUCGUUAGAAGUUGCAUCUGCUCUGCACGGGCGCAAAAUUACUUUUGUAAUGUCAGCCGGCAACAACUUGAUCACCACAUACUCUUCCACAAAAUAAUUGCCUACGCCAUUUGCUUUUGGACAGUUGUCCAUAUAGCCGGGCACACGUUCAAUUUGGAAAGAUUUAUAGAAGCCACAAGAACCAAAAACGAGUCAGUCAACUAUCACUUAAGCUCUCUGCCGCACAACGCUUACACAACUUGGAUAAAUCCGAUACCGCGAAACAAUACGAAUCCUAUAUACGAGAUGAUGGUGAUGAUUCCAGGAUGGACUGGAUUGCUGGCCACCGUCAUCCUCAUUCUCAUUGCUUCUGCUUCUACCAAAUCCGUUAGACAUAAAGUUCACGAGAUCUUUGCAUACAAUCAUUACUUAUUCAUCCUUUUCUUCGCAUUCAUCGUCGUGCAUGGCUUCGGAAGAGUUGUGAAACGUCAAUCGAACGAUGAGGAGCACAGUCCUUACUUGUGCCAAACAGUGCCUGAGCGCUGGGGUAAUUCUUCUGAAUGCCCACCUCCAACAUUUGAUUCAGACCCACCUACAACGUGGAUGUGGGUAGUUGGAUCACUCAUUCUCUACUUCCUCGAAAUUUGCUUGAAAGUUGUCAACAGAUUCAGAAGAGUAAACAUCAGAGAGAUAACAUUGUAUCCAAUGAACGUAGUGGAGAUUAAAAUGACAAAAAAGAAUUUUAAGAGUCGACCCGGUCAAUAUGUUACCAUAAUGUGUCCUCAAAUUUCAUAUUUUCAGUGGCAUCCAUUCACUCUAACUUCAGCGCCAAACGAUGAUUAUUUUUCAGUUCACGUGCAAGCCGUUGGCGACUGGACAAAUAAAUUCCUCAAAUUAGUCCAACAUUCAAAAGAGGAUGAUUCUGUUAUGUUUCCUAAUUUAGCCGUUGAUGGUCCGUUUGGAAACUGUUGUGAGAAUGUUUACAAAUACGAAGUUUUGCUUUUGAUAGGAGCUGGGAUCGGUGUUACUCCCUUUGCUUCUAUUCUCAAAGAUAUCUGCUACCAGCACAUGAACAAUAAAGAAAUGGGCAUCGUAAAGAAGAUAAAAUUUAUAUGGCUGUGCAGAGAUCAGUCUUUCAAGUGGCUCGACGGCAUGCUCAAACAGUUGGAACAAACGAUGCAAAAUGCCGACAAACGCGAUUUCAUAGAAAUUGAAAUAUUUUGGACAAGUGGAUGGGACGUAAAUAUGCAACAACAGAUGGUUGAAACAAUAAGUGAUGCUGUCGAUUGUCUAACCGGUCUUCGAAGUAAAACUCAGUUUGGAAGACCGAAUUGGAAAAAUAUUUUCGAAAUUCUUGCUUCCGAGUAUUUAACAGAAAAAAUCGGUGUCUUCUUUUGUGGACCUAAAGUGCUAGGUAAAAUAUUGAAAAAUCUUUGCAUCAAAUAUUCUCGGAUGCCUCAUAUAACACCGCAGUUCGUUUACCAUAAGGAGAACUUUUAG